CACCGCGUCGUGCGAUGUUUCCCACAGCUGACAGACAGUGAGCGGAGCCUCACAACAGAGCGCUCAGCUCGCUCGACGCGCUUCCACAGCGCUCUUGGAUUUGGGAUUACCUCAAACCACAUCUCCGUCGUGGAUCCCAGUGUAGACCAUAUCUUUCGUCCGUUCGGACAGUCUGAUGGCAUGCGUUUGUAGUAGUGCAUGUGGACUGUAUUAUUAUUUGUAGUUGCUCUCAUCUCUCCAUCCACGGCGUGCCUGAUGCAGUGGGAUGGAUGGUGUUAGAGUGGGGCUGAUGAUGGUGGAGGAGAGUGAUGAACAGAGGGACAGCGGCGGCGGUGGUGUCGCAGCGAUGGCCGCGCUACACCAGUGUGAACUGAUCCAGAACAUGAUCGACAUCUCCAUCUCCAGUUUACAAGGGCUCCGGACUAAAUGCGCGGCGUCCAACGAUCUCACGCAGCAGGAGAUCCGCACUUUAGAGGUCAAGCUCAUGAAGUACAUCUGUAAACAGCUGCAGUGUAAGCAGAAGGUGCCAGACACAGAAAGGCCGCUGGCCCUGAACAGCUACCCACGGCUGGAGAACUGGUUACGCACCAUCAACAUCAGACCUGAGCUCAUAGAGGCAGUGAACGUGAAGCUGUCAUUGGAUGUGCUGCUGCAGAUGCCCAACAGUCAGGUGAAAGAAACCAUGAGACGGCUGGGCUCCAGUUCAGAGGACUGCACCAGGCUGUGCGCUGCCCUUAACUGUUUAAAGAGUGCCUCUGAGUCAGGGGAGUUUAAAGAGGACAGCAGUUGUUGGUUCUCCGAGCCCAUGAGGCGGGACAGUGGCGGCUUGACUCCAGUGGACCAGAUUCCAUUACUAGGAGGUUCAAUGCGUCCCCACAGCCCUUCCCCUCUGGCCCGGCCCAUGACCACUCCCUCCACCCCCUCUACACCCCUCACCACCUGCCCGUACCCCCGCUACAUCCUGUCGCCCGGCGAGGCUCACAUUUACCACGGUUACGCAGAGAGUCUGACCGACCCCAGCCCGUAUUACACCUCCCGUCCCGUCAGACUCCAUGGACACACCUCGACUCCACCCAUAACCCCUCCCUCCCGGAGGAGACACCGCCACAAGCCUCCCUGCACACCUCCUCCACCGUCCCGCAAAGUUCUGCACCUCCUCCCAAACAUCUCGAUGACCCGCAGCAAGAGCCACGAGAGUCAGCUCGGACACCGCAUCGAAGAUACACCCACUAACAAGUGUGUGAAGAAAAACAAGCUGUUUCUGAAUGUUCAGAUUAAUGGGAACGGUUGUGAGGACUCUCCAUCUCGCUCGCCCACUCUCUCCACAUGGACCCCUGGGGCAGCACCCGCCACGGCCCCGUACACUUUGCCAGGCACUCCCACACUACAGGAAGAGCACAUCGGCCUGCGGAAUAAUGUUGCUGUCCACCGCAGCUCACCUCAAGCUCUGCGGAGAGACAUUGGGCUGGCUGUCACUCACAGGUUUUCUACAAAGUCUUGGCUCUCUCAGACAUGUCAAGUGUGCCAGAAAAACAUGAUAUUUGGGGUGAAAUGCAAACACUGCAGGUUAAAGUGUCACAACAAAUGCACUAAAGAAGCUCCACCCUGCAGAAUCUCCUUUUUGCCCAUCACAAAGAUUCGUAGGACUGAGUCUGUACCCUCAGACAUUAACAACCCCGUGGACCGUCCCCCCGAAGCGCCACAGUUCGGGACGCUACCGAAGGCAAUAACAAAGAAGGAUCAACCGCCGGUGCUGAAUCAGCUGGACUCUAGCAGUAAUCCAUCCUCCACCACUUCCUCUACUCCUUCAUCUCCCGCCCCCUUCCAGCAUAGCAAUCCUCCAAGUGUAACCCCGCCCCCAAACCCCUCCCCAAAGGGCCACCGUGACAACCGCUUCCACUUUCCAGCUGCCUGUUAUUUUCAGCACCGACAGCAGUUCAUCUUUCCUGAUGUGUGCAGUCCCAGCAUCCUUCAUUCAGAUGGACUCCCAGACACAGUUAACGAGAUCGAUCCAUCAGUGGAGGAGAUGCACGCAGAGCAAGACGAGGAAGAUGACCGAGAGGAUCUUGAGGAGGAAGAAGAAGAGGAAAUAGAAGCAGAGGAGGAAGAAGAUGUAGCAGAGGAGGAGGAUAUGGAAGAGCUGAACCACGGCUCAGAAGGAGAAUGUGAAGGAGACGAGCUGGACGACCUGCCCAGCACAAGAGGAGGAACCCACUGGAAAGGUCCCAUCUCUCGUAAGGCCAGCCAGACCAGCGUCUAUCUGCAGGAGUGGGACAUUCCCUUCGAGCAGCUGGAUCUCGGCGAGCUCAUCGGGAAGGGUCGCUGGGGUCGGGUCCAUCGCGGCCGCUGGCACGGAGAGGUGGCCAUCCGACUCCUAGAGAUCGACGGAAACAACCAGGACCACCUGAAGCUCUUCAAGAAGGAGGUGAUGAACUACAGACAGACGCGGCACGAGAACGUCGUCCUCUUCAUGGGCGCUUGCAUGGCCCCACCUCAUCUCGCCAUCAUUACCAGCUUCUGCAAAGGCCGGACGCUGUAUUCCGUCGUGAGGGACACGAAAAACACGCUGGACAUCAAUAAGACUCGGCAGAUCGCGCAAGAGAUUGUGAAGGGAAUGGGCUAUCUUCAUGCUAAGGGCAUCGUUCACAAGGACCUUAAAUCCAAAAACGUCUUUCAUGACACAAACAAAGUAGUAAUAACUGACUUUGGCCUUUUUGGGAUCUCUGGAGUGGUUCAGGAGGGCCGAAGGGAAAACGAGCUGAAGCUUCCUCACGGUUGGAUCUGUUAUUUGGCUCCAGAAAUCGUGCGUAAAAUGAGUCCCGGAAACAACGAGGACAGACUUCCGUUUUCUAAUGCUGCUGAUGUUUAUGCCUUUGGCACCAUCUGGUACGAGCUGCAGGCGAGAGACUGGCCCAUCACCAGUCAGCCCGUAGAGGCCACCAUCUGGCAGGUGGGCAGUGGAGAGGGCAUCAGGAGGGUCCUGGCAGAGAUCAACUUGGGAAAAGAGGUCACGGAGAUUCUGUCUGCCUGCUGGUCAUAUGAUGCUCAGAAUCGGCCCACGUUCACGCAGCUGGCCGACAUGCUGGAGAAACUGCCCAAACUCAACCGCCGCCUGUCUCAUCCUGGCCACUUCUGGAAGUCUGCAGAGUUGUAGCCGUGAGCCUGAAACAUGAGCAAUGCAAAACACAAUUCCUGGCUCUGCCUUGCAUGCCUGCUGAAAGCCUGACCUUUUCUGGACUUACAAACUAACAUCGCCUGCUCUUCUGUCUCUCACUUUCUUUGAUUCUGUGGGUGUUGGGAUGGGCAAUUGCUGUGGCGAUGUGUAAAACUAAAUGCUUUGCCUUUUUUAUUCCUAUUCCUAUUAUUAUUUUCGGGGUGUGCGACUGGUUCUCCCUUUCUGCUACGGUUCGUGAUGUCACGUGACGCAUUUUUCCCGGAUUUGCAGGAUUCAGUGACACUACGAUGAAGAUGUUCUUUUCUCUCUCUUCCUCUCCUGUGGUCUUGGUGCCUCUUAGUCCUGUGUGACAUGCGCUGCUUCCGUCUCUGAUUGGCUCGUCUGGUUCAUGCUAACACACCUUUAGUUGUCACUCUUCCUCCACGGUGUCCAAAAGAAGUAAACGUUUUGUUCCACAAAUGAUAAUGUUCUUGAUGGAAAGUUGUUGAGCUGUGGGUGUCUUAACAAAAUUUGGUGUGUGAGUCACAUGAGGGCCCUUUCUGAGCACAGAUUGCAAAAAUGAGCCAAAGAGAAGCAAUGUGCGUCUUCUCACCUGACUACAGAGCCUGAUUUUCCAUGAAGAAGAUGAUGAACGUUUGUAUUCAAGCGAGAUUUCGAUGAACCCAGCAGAACAGUGUUCAUAGGUUGUGUAAACAUGAAAUCUCAUGCGUGUUUGUGUGUAACGUGCGUGUUUGUAACAUUGUGUAUGUGGAAGGAUGUGUGUUUGUUUGUUCUGUGAAAGACUGGACUCUGUGGUUUGGAAAUAUCAAUGAUAUUGUAAAAUAUUAAUGUAUAAAUAUGGUUUAUUUAUUGUACAGUCAAUGAACAGAAUUCUUUUAAUAUUUAUAUGGACAUUUUAUAUAAAUAUAAAUAAAUAAAUAUAUAUACUGUACAUCAUGACAUUUUGAAUAGGUACUGCUGUGCUGUCCCAGAUGUAUAUAUUCUUUAUAUUUUUUCAUGUAAAAAAAAACAAACAAACAAAAAAACAUGAAAACUCUUUUUUUAAAUGGGUUGAUAAAUGUCAUGUACAGUCAUAUUUUUGUAUUGCAUGUGACUACUGUACACAGUGUCUGUUCUCAUCCUUGAAAGACAAUAAAAUCGAGCUUGUCACGUGA